UCCGCAUGCGCGCAGUACACAAAAUGUCGGGAGGACCGGCAGAGUUUCAAAAUAACAAAAAAGGAAAAGGGUCUGAAGCAAAAGUUUGGGCACCUUGCAUGUUAGACCUGCGGUGAGAGAUUUGUUGGAAGAAAAACCCCAACUGGAAGGAAACCACGACUGUAGACGAGGGAACAGCAACAAGUGAACCUGCCCGAGGACUGAGAGCAUCAACUGGAGAGAACCUAUCUGACUCAGAGAAUCCAGUGAUUCAGUCAGGAGAAAGUUUGGUUAAAAACGAGAAGGAAUUUGUCUCCCGGAAGCUCAAACAUGGCACACCAGUUUUGCUGCCUCUGUCUAGAUAUUUAAGAAGUGAAGCAAGGGAUUCAAUCGACCAUCCUACCUGAUCAGACUACGGGGCAGGAUUCACUCAGUCAUUUGACCAACUGGCUUGCCCGUCAUUUUACACAGGGGACAGCCUAUUCUUCUGCUCAGACAGAGGGAAUGGAUUCAGUCAGUCAUCUCAACUGAAGGUACGUCAGCAAGUUCACACUGGGCAAGGCCAUUCACCUGUUCUGUGUUUAAGAAAGCAUUUAGUCUGUCAUCCCACCUGUGGACACACCAGUCAGAAGCUGGUCAUCUGCUGAAUUUCUGGGAAAGGAUUCACUCGGUCAUCUGACCUGAUGGCACACCAGUGAGUUCAGACGGGGGAGCGGCCGUUCACUUGCUCGGACUGUGGGAUGAGAUUCACUCGGUCAACCACCCUACAGAGUCACCAGCGAGUUCACACUGGGGAGAAGCCAUUCACCUGCUCAGACUGUGGGAAGGGAUUCACUCGGUCAUCUGACCUAAUGACUCACCAGCGAGUUCACACCAAGGAGCGCCCAUUCACCUGCUCGGACUGUGGGAAGGGAUUCACUUCGUCAGCCAGCCUGCAGACACAUCUGCGAAUUCACACUGGGGAGAAGCCAUUCACCUGCUCAGACUGUGGGAAGAGAUUCAUUCGCUCAUAUGACCUACUGACACACCAGCGAGUUCACACCAGGGAGCGGCCGUUCACCUGCUCGUACUGUGGGAAGGGAUUCACUCGGUCAUCUCACCUAGUGACACACCAGCGAGGUCACACUGGGGAGAAGCCGUACACCUGCUCAGUCUGUGGGAAGAGAUUCAUUCAGUCAGGCAGCCUGCAGAGACAUCAACGAGUUCACACUGGGGAGAAGCCAUUCACCUGCUCAGACUGUGGGAAGAGAUUCACUCUGUCAUCCCAACUACUGAGACACCAGCAAGUUCACAGGGAGAAGCCAUUCAUCUGCUCAGAAUGUGGGAAAAGAUUCGCUGAUUCAUCCACCCUACAGAGACACCAGAAAGUUCACACUGGGGAGAAGCCUUUCACCUGCUCAGACUGUGGGAAGGGAUUCACUCGGUCAUCUGACCUAAUGGCUCACCAGCGAGUUCACACUGGGGAGAAGCCUUUCACCUGCUCAGACUGUGGGAAGGGAUUCACUCGGUCAUCUGACCUACAGAGACAUCAGCGAGUUCACACUGGGGAGAAGCCGUUCACCUGCUCAGAAUGUGGGAAAAGAUUCAUUGAUUCAUCCACCCUACAGAAACACCAGAAAGUUCACACUGGGGAGAAGCCUUUCACCUGCUCAGACUGUGGGAAGGGAUUCACUCGGUCAUCUGACCUAAUGGCUCACCAGCGAGUUCACACUGGGGAGAAGCCUUUCACCUGCUCAGUCUGUGGGAAGGGAUUCACUCGGUCAUCCCACCUACAGAGACAUCAGCGAGUUCACACUGGGGAGAAGCCGUUCACCUGCUCAGAAUGUGGGAAGAGAUUCACUGAUUCAUCCUCCCUGCAGAGACACCAGCAAGUUCACACUGGAGAGAGGCCGUUCACCUGCUCAGUCUGUGGGAUGGGAUUCACUGAGUCAUGUAAACUGAACAGUCAUCAGCGAAUUCACACUGGGGAGAAGCCAUUCAUCUGCUCAGACUGUGGGAAGGGAUUCACUCGGUUAUCCAACCUGCAGAGUCAUCAGUCAGUUCACACUGGGGAGAAGCCAUUCAUCUGCUCAGACUGUGGGAAGGGAUUCUCUUGGCCAUGUGACCUAAUGGCUCACCAGCGAGUUCACACCGGGGAGCGGCCAUUUACCUGUUCAGACUGUGGGAUGGGAUUCACUUCGGCAUCGAUUCUAGUGAGACACCAGCAAGUUCACACUGGGGAGAAGCCAUUCACCUGCUCAGUCUGUGAGAAGAGAUUCAUCAACUCUUCCACCCUACAGAGGCACCAGCGUGUUCACACUGGAGAGAAGCCAUUCACCUGCUCAGUCUGCGGGAAGGGAUUUACUCAGUCAUCCAAUCUACAGAUACACCAGCGAGUUCACACUGGGGAGAAGCCAUUCACCUGCUCAGAAUGUGGGAAGAGAUUCACUGAUUCAUCCACCCUACAGAGACACCAGCAAGUUCACACUGGGGAGAAGCCUUUCACCUGCUCAGUCUGUGGGAAGAGAUUCACUUGGUCAUUUCACCUGCUGAGUCAUCAGCGAGUUCACACUGGGAAGAAGCCAUUCACCUGCUCAGAAUGUGGGAAGAGAUUCACUUGGUCAUCCAACCUGCAGAGUCAUCAGCGAGUUCACACCGGGGAGAAGCCAUUCAUCUGCUCAGUCUGUGGGAAGAAAUUCACUUCGUCAUCCAACCUGCAGAGUCAUCAGUCAGUUCACACUGGGGAGAAACCAUUCACCUGCUCAGUCUGUGGGAAGGGAUUCACUUUCCCAUCUAAACUGAAGGUACAUCAGGUGGUUCACACUGGGGAGAGGCCAUUCACCUGCUCAGUCUGUGGGAAGGGAUUCACUGAAUCAUCUAAACUGAAGGUACACCAGAAAGUUCACACUGGGAAGAAGCCGUUCACCUGCUCAGUCUGUGGGAAAGGAUUCACUCAGUCCUCCACCCUCCAGAAACACCAGUCAGUUCACACAUUCUGAGCUAUUCCCCUGCUCAGAAUGUUGGAAAGGAUUCAUUCAGUCAUCCCAACCACUGGCACACCAGUCAGUUCACAUUCUUAUUAAUUCCUUGCUUUUGCUUGCUGAGGACAUUCAUUUUAAGAGAGAGAGUGAUUAAGAAGGCAAAUCAGUCUGGCUUGCAGCUUGUUUACAUCGCUUACAGCUUGCUUAGUUUUAACCGAGGACUCAGACACUCAGGGUCAGACGGAGAUGAAGGAGGAAAAAUGGAAGGAUCGAAACCAGGGAACUAGUGGCCAAGGGUCACUGUUUAGAGCUUUCCUAUGCCCACAAGGGUGGGUUAAGUAUCGAUUCACCAUACAUCGAAUGUGUGGUUGUCACCUCGUUUGAUCCAUAGGUGUGGAUCAGAUUUGGGGUAUCCUGUGAAGACUACUUUUGUGUUAACGCAUGGCUGGGUGUGGUUUGGUAAUUCACGUGAAGGCGAUACCCCUUGUGACAAGUCACUUUUGGUGAUAAUUCGUAUGUGGAUUUAGAACGAUGAAGCAUAAAAUCUACAGCAACUGUUCUCUCAUUUCACCACAAUGGAACCUUUGGAAUUCAACAUAAUUGCCUUCUCUCGACAUUACAAAUAUCUCUCUCUCAUCACCUAUUCCAUGGAUGAACUGAACUUCCAUACUUUACCAUCUCAAGACUCUCAGCCUUAUUUCCCCCAAGCUCAAUAGUUUGGGAGUUAUGUUUUGUUACGCCUGUGUCCCAACUCUGAGGGGCUGAAGGGUACAAAAUUGCCCCCUCCAUAUUGAGAAUCACAAGAUCGCUAUUAAUUCAGGUCAGGAGACCCAGUAAAUGAGGGAAAGACAUGCAGAAUCCACAUGGGUUUUGGGAUGUCCCACCCCCUCAGCGAUACAAAUCCACGGGAAACGGCCAUUGUCACUUGGAGAUGGAAUAGUGUAUUGAGUUCCGUACUAUUUAUUUGAAGCCCUCAGGGAAUGAGCCGAGGGGGCUGGCUGAGGGAUUGCAUCAUCCCAACCUGAUUGACAUCUGAGACCCCGUGAGUAAGGAUAAAAGAGGGCCUGGGGAACAUCCUCUUUAGACGCACCAGGAGAAACGAUAGAAAUCCUGUGACAGCAUUUAAUAGUGACAGCCGGUGGUGACUCGUGUGUGUGUGUGUGUCCAUCCUUGCCCGGAUGACGAGUUUUCCACGGAACGGCUUAGCUAAAGGACCGACUACAGAAACGGAACUCUCGAAGGAUCAACAUCAUAAAAAGGAAAGCCGGCAAGUUUAAACCAUCUGUCUCUCUUGACUCCAACAAAAGGCUGCAGCCUGCAUGAACUUGAGUGACUUUUAUAUUUCCAUCGGGCAAUACAUUAUCCCCUAGACAAUGAUAGAGUUAUUUCUUAUUGAUUGUUAUUAUACCUGCAUUUUUAGAUUUAGUAGCGACGACGUAUAUUAUCUAUGUUUGCAUUGAUAUUUUUGUGUAUUCUUAUCAUUAAAUACUGUUAAAAAUAGUACCAUCAGACUUCAACGGACCUCACUAUCUUUGCUGGUAAGUGACCCAGUUAUGGGGUACGUAACAACUUGGGGUUCUCGUCUCGGGAUUUGACAACAAAUUGGGAGGCCAGUGAAUCGGGCGUGUAAGUCCAAACUUGGAUCUGGUACAGGGGUAGCCAGACAGGAAACCAGCAAAGAUGGACGUGGAUGAAUUUAUAGAAAACCCGACUCUGGAGGCGCUAGAGGCGGCCACCAAUUCGGACUUGAUAAAUAUGGCGAAGGGGCUAAACCUCGCAGAGGUGAGGUUUUCAAUGAAAAAGCGGGAGGUGCGAAGGGCCAUAACUUAGUAUUAUAUUGAGAAGAAUGUGUUUGCAGCUGAGGUAUUGGAAAAUAUCCCUGAAAAGGUACCAGCUAGAGGGAUGGCUCAGUUAGAGUUGGAGAAAUUAAGGUUGGAACAUGAAAUUAAAUUAAAGCAGCUGAGAAGGAGAAUGAAAGGGCCGACAAACAAAGGGAGCAUGCGCUCCAGCUAAAGGAGUUAGAGGUGAAACGGGAGGAUGAGCUCCAGCUAAAGGGGUUAGAGGUGAAAAAAGAGCAGGACAGAGCUGAGAAGCAAAGAGAGCAUGAAAUUCAGUAAAAACAGCUGGAGGCAGCUGAAAAGGAAAAGGAGAGAGCCGAGAAGGAGAGAGAGUAUGAGGAGGCAGAGAAAGAGCCAAAAUGACUUGGAUAUGGAAAAGUUAAGGCAAGAGCGAAGAGCUGAAGGGUCAGACCGAGAGGAGCGGUUUAAUGUUAGUCGGGAGUUGAGGUUAGUACCUCCGUUCGAGGAGAUGGAUGUUGAUAGUUAUUUCUUGCUUUUUGAAAAGGUGGCAGUGAAUCAGAAGUGGUCCAAAGAGCAGUGGGUGGCAUUGUUACAAAUUGUGUUAAAAGGGAAAGCACAAUGGGCAUAUGCGGCGUUGUCUAUGGAGGAGGAAGAGGUGGAGAAUUAUGACCAAGUAAAAACGGCCAUUCUCCGGACUUACGAAUUGGUACCUGAAGCGUAUAGACAAAAGUUCAGAAAUUUAAAGGAAGGGUGGAAUCAGAUGUAUAAAGAGUUUACCUAUGACAAAGGGUGUGCUCUUGGAUCGUUGGUGUACAGCAGAAAUAGUGAAAGAGGCAUCUCAGGGAGCUAAUUCUGAUUGAGCAAUUUAAAAGUGGUGUUUCAGAGGAUAUCCGGAUGUAUUUUAAUGAGAAGCUGAAUAAGUCCAUCUCCGAAUUUGCUAGGUUCGCAGAUGAAUAUGCCCUAACCCACAAGACACAGUUUACCUCGAAUAAAAGUUCCCAGAGAGACCGUGGGAACGAUAGAGAAAGCCCGCCGGCUGAAGCAGAAGUCCUGCCGGGAGCUAGUGGUAAGAUUGGGGAGGAGAGGCAAGAUAGCCAGAGAUUUCCGGGCUUGACCUAUUUUAAUUGUGGAAAGGGGGAACAUAUUGCAUCUAGGUGCUUUGCUCCGAGGAAGGAGACAGGAAAAGGGAAAGCAGCAGUCCCUAUUGGAUGUGCUGUGGUAAUCAGUAAAUCGACAAGAGAGCCCCGGGUAGACAGGGUACGAGAAGGGUCUGAGAUUUGUAUGUCAAAUGGAACCGUGUCUGAGAGAGGGAGACCGACCAAUUCCCGUGCGAAUCUGGAGAGAGACAGGGGCUGAACUGUCAUUGAUUAGCCGUAAGGUACUGGAUUUUGUUCGCAAGACGGGAAUGGUAGCUGUGAAGGGAAUAGGAAAAGGGAAGGAAAUGGUGCCCUUGCAUAGGAUCAUUAUGAAUUGUGAGCUAGUCUCUGGACCAGUUGAAAUGGGCGUGCAAUCAGAAUUCCCGAGAACUGAUGCGGACGUCCUUCUGGGUAAUGAUUUAGCCGGUGGUAGGGUUUGGUCAGCAAUGAAGCUGUUGAGACAGCCGGUGGAGGCCCCGCCCCUAGAUUCCAAGAUCUAUCCCGCAUACGCGAUCACUCGCAGCAUGUCGAGAAAGGCAGCUGAGAACGAGGGCACUUUAAAUCCGGCCAGUAUCGAGUUGGCCGAGUCGUUUUUACCAACCCUGUACCACGAGGGUUUAGAGGGUGGAAA